AUGCGUCUAUUUUUUUCUCGAUGACUCAGUCUGACAACUUCCGGCUUUUAGUGUGGGAAGUUUACGACUGAGUGUGGAGCUAUUUUAGACCUGACCACAAGGGACAACGCGCUCCAGGGUAUAUACAGGCGCCGGGCAACUUUUCAAGAUUUUAUCUCAUCUGUAAGCUGGUAGGAAAAUCAGAAAUAUGGACGAUUCGUGCGACGCCCCAGGAGAGGACCUCCCAAGCCCUCGUCUGGACUCUCGAGAUGAACACGAUGCGGCACCGGCCCGGGGGAGGGCAGCCGCGGCGGCAAGCGGGGACACGACAGACGCACAGAAGGGCGCCUCGGCCGGCGUCAUGAAAUUCCUCGGCAGUAUUAAGGGCAGGAGCCCGCGGGAUCCACCGAUGGACACCAGUACGGGAGACGAGGAUUUCAGUUUUGUGUACAACAUGAGCCACACCCGCCGGGGACAGGCCAUCAUCAUCAACAACAAGGACUUCGAGAAACACACAGGCAUGAACACUAGAAGAGGUACAGACCUGGAUGCCAACAACCUGUACAGGAUCUUCUCCAAGUUUGGUUUUGAGACAAAAGUGUUCGACAACCUGCCCUGUCGGAAGAUACUUUCAGUGCUGCAGCUGGCUGCUAGGGAGGACCACCGAGAUGUUGACUGUUUUGCCUGUGCAAUCCUGAGUCACGGAGAGGAGGGUGUUAUCUAUGGGACUGAUGGGUGCAUGGAGGUCACAGAGAUCACCAAACCGUUCCGGGGAGAUCGCUGUCCCGGCCUGGUGGGGAAACCCAAACUCUUCUUCCUACAGGCGUGUCGAGGGAAUGAGUUUGACCAUGGAGUGGACAUGCCGGACGCCCUGCCGGAGGUGCAGGAUGAGCUGGACGCAGGAAACAAGGCCACACUUCCGGCCGAGGCUGACUUCCUACUGGCCUACAGCACUGUUCCUGGUUACUACAGUUGGCGUAACCCGGGGCGCGGCUCCUGGUACAUCCAGGCCCUGUGUGCAGUCCUGGAGCAGGAGGGGACACAGCUGGAGAUCAUGCAGCUUCUGACCCGGGUUAACAAGCUGGUGGCCUACGACUUCCACUCCAACUCCGACAACCCCUACAUGAACCGGAAGAAGCAGAUACCAUGUAUCAUGUCCAUGUUAACUAAGGACCUCUUCUUCUCCCCUAAAUCACAGUAGAAAAAAUAAACAAACAUACCCUGUUCUUCACUCCUCAAGUCAGAAGAAACAAACAAAAAGACAUCCUAAUGUUCUUCACACCUAAAUCGCAGUAUACCAUAACAAUAACAAAAACAGUAAACAGGUCCCCUGUAUCAUGUCCAUGUUGACUAAGUACCUGUUCUUCACUCCUAAAUCACAGUAGAAAAAACGAAAACAGUGCACAAACAGCUCUGUAUCAUGUCUAUCUAAGGACCAGUGUCCCUCCCUACUAAAUCUCAGUAAACA